AUGCCACAUCGAAAGAAGGCAGAAUGGCAGCAUGUACCUUUGACGCAUUGCUGCUGCCAUUGUUGCGGCUCACCGAGCUUCACCUGUGGAAUGAGGGGAAGUCGUCAAAGCCGGAUUGACUCCUCCUCAAGGCGAGAUGGCACACUUCAUCAUACGUCGCCGUCGCAAGUCACACUUUAUAGAACACAUUCAGUCAGACGAAUCGCACCUUUGGAGUCGGCGUGUAACCCACCGCCACCACCUGACAAUCCCAUAACUAUGUGCUGUCAAACGAACAAUCCUGGUGAAACGGGUAUCUACUUGUCGUCGCCAUUUAUUCUCAAGGACGCUCCUCAUCGCUAUCGUUCUCCGUUGAAGUCUUGCUGCAGUCCAUCGAACCGCAACGUUCGUUUCUUUAGUUCGGGACGCCAACAGCAACAACGAACCCGCGCCGCAUCCUCCUGUUCCUCAGAACGCGGUGUGAUUUACCCCUCUAAGGGUUCCCGCAGCAGUAGCCUCGUACGAGUCUACUCUCGAUCUAAUUCACCUAUCUGUGAGACCAUUCUUACCUCCAGCCUACCCUCAAGAUCUGCCGGUACAGCUGCAGUUGCUUGUGAGUGCAACCUACCACCGGCCUGCUUACCCAAACCACGUAUCAGCUACCUGCAGUCUCUGAGACCUUUGACUUGUUUCCAGGCUUCCAAUAAUUGUGCAUGUAGCGGUUGUUGCUGCUGUGGUGUUCAAUUCCCACCGCCGCCUCCACCACCACCAACACCACUAGCACCAAAAAUGGUGCAUUGUGCCUCCUGCUGUAAUAUCACAGGAGUCGUUGACCGAUGUAUAAAUACAGAUCCGGAAUGUCAAGUUGUUGAGCAUUGCCAGAUCUCCCUGUGCGCACCAUCGCCUCCUUCAAGUUCCAAAACAGUUGACUGUGGAAGUCAGACUUGUGUUCCAUCGUCGCAAUCAACAAAAUUCGAGCAAUACGAGGCUACUUCAUGUCGUGUGGAACGCAUUACAACGCGAAAACGAACUGUUCCGCGGAGUUUUUCUUGUGUCCGGACGCCUGAUACCAGCUACUACCUUAGGUUGAUGGGGAGGAAAGAAGAUGACUUAUGGAAUCGCAUCUCGGAGUGUGAGAUGGACUUAGCGGCUUUCGAAUGCAUGAUGUGUAGCGAUGUAGUGGCGUACAUCAAGGACGCCAUCUACAAAAGUCGUCAGUUGAUCGAGUGUGAGUUUCAAAGGCUUCGACGUCUCUGCGACCCGGGGGCCUUUAGUUGCUGUCCGGAUGACUAUGUCAACUUAAAUGACGGUAAAAGCAUUCAGGAGUUGUGGAAUGAGGCGCAAAUCAAGCUGAGUGAGGUGUCGUGCAUGAUGGAUAGAAUAGAUAGGCUGCGAUCUUGUGGGAAUCUCCCUCCAGACGUCAGAACCAAAGAUUUGGACUCAAUUUUCUCAAAGUAUGGGCGUAUAGCAGACAUCGACCUGAAGCGUCGUCGUGGUCCCCCUUUUGCCUUUAUCGAAUAUGAAGAUGAGCGGGACGCAGAAGAUGCUGUCCGUGAUUGCGAUGGCUAUAAACUCGACGGUUACGCUCUUCGAGUUGAAUUCCCUCGUGGAGGGAGUUAUAGUUCGUUCCGUCGAGGGAGCGGUCGCGGUAGCGGACCAUCUCGUCGUUCGGAUUACCGUGUUAUUGUUACCAAUCUUCCACCAUCCGGUAGUUGGCAAGAUCUUAAAGAUCACAUGCGCGAAGCUGGAGAUGUGGGGUUUGCGGAUGUAUUUAAAGACGGUUCUGGUGUUGUUGAAUUUCUUCGAUAUGAGGAUAUGAAAUACGCCUUAAAGAAGCUGGAUGAUUCGAAAUUUAGAUCCCAUGAGGGUGAGACGGCGUACAUUCGCGUACGUGAGGAACGUCAGUAUUCUCGGUCGAGGUCACGAUCUCGAUCGUAUUCAUCGCCGAGGGAUAGAGGUCGAUAUUCGAACAGUCGUUCGGCUUCCCGUUCUUCUAGUGAACGGCGCUAA